AUGAGAAACCAUACAACAGUAGCAAACUUUAUUCUUCUUGGACUGACAGAUGAUCCACAAUUACAGGUGAUUAUUUUUCUUCUCGUUUUUUUCACCUACAUGUUGAGCAUCACUGGGAAUCUAACCAUCAUCACUCUCACCCUACUGGAUUUGCAUCUCAAGACACCCAUGUAUUUCUUCCUCUGAAAUUUCUCAUUUUUAGAAGUCUCAUUCACAACUGUCUGCAUUCCCAAAUUUCUUGUUAGUAUGGCAACAGGUGAUAAGACCAUUUCUUACAAUGAUUGUGCAGCACAGCUGUUUUUCACUAUUCUCUUGGGGGCAACUGAAUUUUUUCUUCUGGCUGCCAUGUCCUAUGACCGCUAUGUGGCCAUCUGCAAACCCGUGCAUUACACCACCAUCGUGAGCAGCAGAGUUUGCAGCUUGCUGGUCUUUGCUUCAUGGAUGGCUGGCUUCCUAAUAAUUUUUCCGCCACUCCUGAUGGGUCUCCAGCUUGAUUUCUGUGCAGCCAACACUGUAGAUCAUUUUUUCUGUGAUGUUUCUCCUAUACUGCAGCUCUCUUGCACAGACACUGACAUAAUAGAAUUAAUGAUGCUUCUCUCAGCCAUUUUGACGCUCCUGGUUACACUGGUAUUAGUGAUUCUCUCCUACACAAAUAUUAUCAGGACUAUUCUGAAAAUACCUUCUUCUCAACAGAGAAAAAAAGCAUUUUCUACAUGUUCUUCCCACAUGGUGGUCGUGUCCAUUUCUUAUGGCAGCUGCAUCUUCAUGUAUGUGAAACCCUCAGCAAAAGAAAGAGUGUCAUUAAAUAAAGGGAUAGCUCUGCUCAGCACUUCUGUUGCCCCCAUGUUGAAUCCCUUUAUUUAUACACUGAGAAACAAACAAGUAAAAGAUGUUUUUAAGCACAUAGUCAAAAAGAUUGAACUUUUCUCAAUGAAAUGA